AUGCCCCACUACAAUCUCAAGUCACUGAUCAAGGGCAUACGGUCAUGCAAAACGAUUGCAGAUGAACGCGCCCUUAUCCAACAGGAAUCGGCAGCCAUUCGUGCUUCAUUCAGAGAGGAGGACUCAUACGCUCGAUACAACAAUGUCGCAAAGCUUCUCUACAUAUACAUGCUUGGAUCUCCAGCCCACUUUGGCCAAAUUGAAUGUCUCAAGUUGGUCGCCAGCCCUCGCUUUGCAGAUAAGCGCCUCGGAUACCUCGGCAUCAUGCUCCUACUGGACGAGAGCCAAGAGGUGCUCACCCUCGUAACAAACUCGUUGAAAAAUGACCUGAACCAUUCUAACAUGUAUGUUGUCGGACUCGGACUAUGUACAUUUGCGAAUAUUGCAUCGGAGGAAAUGUCCCGGGAUCUAGCAAACGAGAUAGAGAAACUCCUGGGGUCGAGCAACACUUACAUCCGCAAGAAGGCUGCUUUAUGUGCCCUGCGCAUCAUUAAGAAGGUCCCUGACCUCAUCGACCAUUUCGUUUCAAAGGGUAAGAGUUUGCUGACGGAUCGGAACCAUGGUGUCCUCCUUGCUGCCAUUACCCUUGUCUCGGAAAUGUGUCAAAUGGAUGAAAAUUGUCUGAACGAGUUCAGAAACGCUGUACCCCUGCUCGUUCGCAACUUGAAGUCCCUCAUUACAACUGGGUAUAGCCCUGAGCAUGACGUAUCCGGUAUCACGGACCCGUUUUUGCAAGUCAAAAUUCUACGACUUCUCCGUCUUCUUGGAAUGGGCGAUGCAAGGGCAAGUGAGACCAUGAAUGAUAUCCUUGCUCAAGUUGCAACCAACACGGACUCGACCAAGAAUGUCGGAAACUCUAUCUUGUACGAGACCGUCCUUACUGUCCUCGACAUAGAAGCGGACAGCGGUCUUCGUGUCAUGGCCAUCAACAUACUCGGAAAAUUUCUCAGUAAUCGUGACAACAACAUUCGCUAUGUCGCACUUAAUACCCUGAACAAGGUUGUCUCCGUCGAUACUAACGCCGUCCAACGUCACCGAAAUAUCAUUCUGGACUGUCUCCGGGACGGUGAUAUAUCAAUUAGGCGUCGCGCUCUCGAGCUUUCAUAUGCCUUGAUCAACGAGCAAAACGUGCGCGUCCUUGUGCGCGAGUUACUUGCCUUCCUCGAGGUUGCCGAUGACGAGUUCAAAACGGGUAUGACCACUCAAAUAUCGCUUGCAGCUGAACGUUUUGCUCCGAAUAAACGAUGGCAUAUUGAUACUGUGCUGCGAUCGUUGAAACUCGCUGGAAAUUUCGUUCGGGAAGAAAUCCUCUCGUCAUUCAUCCGCCUUGUCGCACAUACCCCCGAACUGCAAGCCUACACAGCUUCGAAGCUUUAUACUGCCCUGAAAGCCGAUAUAUCGCAAGAGUCUCUCACGCUUGCGGCUGUAUGGAUCAUCGGUGAAUAUAGCGAAGUUCUACUGGAAGGUGGUAUCGUGGAUGAGGAACAGCCCAAACAAGUAAGCGACAAGGAUAUACUAGAUCUUCUGCUUUCGACACUCGACUCUCCCUACGCCAACUACUUGACUCGCCAAUUUGUUCUCACCAGCAUCACCAAGAUCGCUUCACGGCCGACUAUGAGUCCAGCGGAGCAAGAGCAUGCCGCUGAGGAUCCUUGCCAAGAGUUCGCGAGCUUGUUCACACUCGGAGACCUCAAGGUUGGAGUGUUGGAGCGGAUGCCUCUUCCCGAGCCAAAGGCGACCGUCAUGGGUGUCGUCAGCGAGAACAAGCCUGUCGGCUCCACGAGGGCAACGAAAGAUGCUGACCUGCUUGGAGACGAUUUGGUGUCUCCGUCUCCUCAGGUCAAUGCAGUGCCACACCAACCACAACCAGUUCUCCACAGCCACCAUCCUAGCCAUAAGACCGCUGUACAAGACAUUCUUGGUCUUUUCGACUCACCGAAACCCUCGACGCCAAGUUCUGCGGCGGUCCCAUCGAGCACCCCACAGUCCGCUUUCUCGCUUCUGCAAACUCAAGUACAACCGGUAUCUUCACCACAGCCGGUAUCGGUACAAUCGUCUGGAGCACCACGGCUCACAUCAUACCCGGCAUAUGAGAAGAACGAACUGAAAAUUACACUUACCCCACAAACGUCAGCAGCUCGACCUGGGAUUGUAAACAUAAUGGCAAGAUUCCAGGUUACGGGAUCAAACACCGCCACUGGAGUCAACUUCCAGGCUGCCGUCCCGAAGUCGCAACAGUUGCAGAUGCUACCAAUGUCGAAUUCGGAUAUCCGACCCAGUGCGACUGAAACACAGCAGAUGCGUGUGAUCGCCCCCCCUGGUGCAAACAUCCGACUACGACUACGUGUCUCGUACACGCUUGCUGGUCAAGCGAUCCAGGACCAGGUGGAUUUCUCGGGUUUCCCUCCUGAACUUACUGGCACAGCGUGA